AUGUUGUCCCAACUCCCCAUCGAUACAUUCCCCGCGUGGGCUCAUCUCAACGACAUUCGCUUCUCGCACGUCAAGCUCCAGGACGUUGGCGAUGGCAAGGGGCUCGGGCUCGUAGCGGAGGAGGACCUGCAUUGUGCCGAGUCGGAUGGCGCGAGCGAACAUGUUGUCAAGAUUCCUCACGAUCUAGUGCUGUCUGCUGAGGCAGUGGAUGACUUUGCCAAGGUCGACCAGAACUUUAAGCAGUUACUUGACGCAGUGGGACGACAAUCCACAAGACACCGCAUCAUGCUCUAUUUAGUCUCUCACCUCGCCCAAGCCAGUCACCCCAAAGGGGGCCUUUCUCCUACUCCAUGGACAGAGUACACCCGCCUCCUGCCCCGGGCUGUUCCUGUUCCAACCAUGUGGACGGAGCCGGAACGCCUACUCUUGAUUGGGACGUCGCUUGAGGCUGCCCUGGAGGCCAAACUACUCUCGUUAAGCGACGAGUUUGACGCACUACGUGAUGUGUCUGAGCAUCUUCCAUUCUGGAACGAUUUUCUAUGGAGCAGAGAAGGGGUUUGUCUCCAAGACUGGGCAUUGGUAGAUGCCUGGUACCGCUCAAGGUGCCUGGAGCUACCACGGUCAGGAACCGCCAUGGUCCCGGCCAUUGACAUGGUGAACCAUUCCACUACAGCCACAGCUUAUUACGAGGAAGACGACAAUGGCAAUGUUGUGCUUCUCAUCCGGCCGAGAUGUCAGGUUCGUAGCGGCGAGGAAGUCACAAUCUCGUACGGCGACGCUAAACCCGCUUCUGAGACGCUAUUCAGCUACGGCUUCAUCGACCCCAAAAACAUUGUGCACAAGCUGACGCUGCGCCUGGAUCCAUUCCCUGAUGACCCUCUGGCAAAGGCAAAGUUGCGGAUUUUCAGCGCCGUGCCGACAUUGACAAUCUCACGGAAAGACGGCCAAGUUGCGCUGGAAGCGUCUUCGGUCGCGUGGCACUCGCCGUUUGUGUACCUCAUGUGCCUCAACGAAGAGGAUGGUUUGUCGUUCCGGCUGCUCCAAGAUACUGCGGGGGACAGGCAACUGAGACUUCUUUGGCAGGGUGAAGAUGUGACAGAUCAAGCGGGUGAUUUCGAAACCUUGAUUCGGGGCCACCAUCUUUGUCCCGUGUUCCAACUAAGGGCCAUCACUGUGCUGCAUGAGAAGGUCGGGGAGCAAUGGAAGCGAAUCACACACGGUCCUUCAGACCAUCAACCAGAACCUUUGGAGGCGGCGGGCUUGCAAAGAGCGGAACGCAUGGCAGCCGCGAGAAUAUUGAAGGACGUGGAAAGUGAAUUGUUGGCCAAUGCGUUGGAGGCGUUGAAUGAUGAGAUGACGAAUCUUCUUGCGGACGACCACGUGGUGGCAUAUCUCGGGUCGAAGGAAGAUUUCCCAAUCGAGCAAGAGGAGCAAGCCACGACAGCAACCAAUGACGAUGCAGACGACUUUAGUUGA